GGGCUGUGGCCGUCGAUGUAUAAAGCGUUGGCUACGAAAGGUGUGUAGCUCCAAUCACCACCGCACCUAGUGACAACAUCCACACCUCUCUCGCAAAUAUGAAGUUUAUCUCAGUCAUCGUCGCUCUUGCUGCUGUUGCCCUUCCCGCUUUUGCGGAGGGUUCUGUCGAGGUCACCUACAACACCAUCUAUGAUAAUCCCAAUACCCCACUCUCCAUAACCGCCUGCUCAAAUGGGGCUAAUGGUCUUCAGACCAAAGGAUACGACACGCUCGGGGAACUGCCCAGUUUCCCUUAUGUCGGAGGUAUCCCGGGUCUUACCUGGAAUUCCCCGGAUUGCGGUUCUUGUUGGCAGCUCUCAUAUACAGAUGCGAGUGGGACUACCAGGACAAUCACUGUCACUGGUGUCGAUGGCGCGUGGUCCUUCAACCUUUCAUUGGAGGCGAUGAACGCAUUAACUGGCGGGAUCGCUCAGGAGAAGGGGACCGUUACGGCCACUGCGACUCAGGUGUCUGCUAGCCUUUGCGGAAUGUAGUAAUUAACAGAUGUGGGUCUGUUCAGCAGGAUUGUCGCCAUCGUGUAUUCUCGGACAAUUGGAGUGGUAAAUAAUGUUAGGAAUUCAAUGGACUGUUGCUGUGCAGUGGAUUUACUAGGGAGACAAAUAGCACUGGCCUGUUUUGUGUUUAGUUACUUACCGUAAACCUCGCAGUGGUGAAAAGGC